GUCUGACCUAUAGCUGGGGGCAGGGGGAGGUUCCAUGACAGUUGGAGAGAUUCCAGGAAGUUAGGACAUUGGCCAUGGAUUCAUACUCUACCCUGUCCAGUGUGGCCUAUUCCUGGGAGGAGGACCCCAAGUUCAUCCUGCGGGGCUGGUCUCUGGUCUUCAGCAUCCUUGCAACCUUGUUGGGGCUCAGCGUGGUGGAUGGACGUCUGGCCUACUUGCAGGGAUCUUACACUGGCUACCUGGGCAUCUGGAUAGACUGCGGGAGGCAUAAGUGCGCCAACCUGGGCCAAGUGACCGUUCUUAUCCAUAUGAGCAUGGGAUUCAUGAUGCUGGCCCUGACCCUGUGUCUCUUCCUCCUCCUGGCCAUGGGGCUCUCCUUCCGGCCAGGCUUCAAACGCCUUAGUAAGAUUGAUCUUGUCUUCAGUUCUCUCAGUUUCAGCAUUGGGUUCCUGAUUAUUCUCAGUAUGACGCUCUUUGUAGUCAACUGCGAGACACUGAAGCCGAGGCCACAGGUGUCCUACCUGGUGACCACCUAUCUGUGCUGGGGCGCUGGUGCCUUGAUGCUGUGGGUCGGAGCUCUGAACUACUUCAACCACUUGGGCAUGUGGAGCCAAGGGACGGCCUUCAAGGAGCGGCGGGUGAGCUAUCGUCGGUGGGCCUCGCAGCAGAAGAGCCAGAGACGCGAGUCCGAACAGCCGUCCACCGCGGACCGCAAGCACACGGUGCAGCAGCCCCACGCAGUCACCUCCGCGACUCUCUAAGCAGGCGCACCCGAGCUUCUCAGGAUGCUGCCGGUGACCUCAGUCAGGAUAGCGGGCCCGCCCCCUCAUCGUGGCCACGUGCCGAGAUGAGACCUCCCUUCGACGCCCCACUCCCAAAGAACCUGCCUUGCCUUCCGAGGAAAGCCCACCCCUCGAGCUGGGGCCUACCCUUUGCAGCUCUGUUCCCGCCCACUGAAGCCUGAGCUGCCCCCACCCCUGCAGUGUGACACCGCCCCCUCCCGUGGGGUUUCGGCACUCAGCCUGCCCGGUGUCCGGACCUAGCUAGGGCCAUUCCUUGGGUGCCUAACCUAGCCCUCUCAGGCCACGCCCCGAAGGUGCCUUCCUCGCUUUCUGAGGGCGAGUCCUGCCCCAGGAGAUCCAGUCACACCCCCGGUGGGACACUAUGCGUGCGUUCCAGCAUUUAAUGUAGCUACGCCCCACUUGAGAACCGGCCUCUCCCCCAGAAAGGCGUGGCCUGGGAUAAGAUUUCCUCCCCCCUCGCCCUCCCUGACUUCUCCACCACAGUAAAACGUGGGCACCUCACAACCUCUAAGUCUGACCCUUCCUUGCAUCACUGCCCCAGCGCAGGGUUGGGCCCAGUGUGUGUGAACUGGUGUGCCAAUUGGUCUCGAGUCCCUGCCUUGCCCUUUGGGGUCGGAGCCUCUCUGCAGGUUUGUCUAUGCCCGCGUCUGCUCCUUCCUGCUCGCCUCCUGCCUAGGGACUGAUAGGGCUGGAGCGGCUGUACACAGGUGGGAUGGGUUCCUGGCUUCCAGGCACCCAGAGUCUGGAAGGCCAGAUGAUACCAAACGUGAUGUGAAGUUGAUGCGUA